AGCCAACCUUAGCUUUUUGCUAAGAUAAUGGCGGUCACCAAAUAAUAGCGGAGCUGUCAGAUAGGCAAGAAUACAUGGUUGAAACGCAUAUUUAUGUUAAACGUCAGGCUAAAACACAUUAUACUGAUGUGGAAAACGUAUAGCGGCUUUUUGACAAACUUUCAUUGGUAACGUUAUUUAUUAACCCUGCCUUCACGCCCAUGUUUGACGGUUAACAUUUAUUUGGUUGUUAUCACGGAUCUGCUUUCGGUUUCGCUCGGCCUGCAGUGUCUCCGUUAGCAGCUGUUUUCAGAGAAAGCUCUUCCAGAAGAGGAUUUUGGGAUUUAUUACGAGGACAUCGCUGGAUCAACAUGCUUGAGGACUGUUUAAAGAUAUAACCCCUCCGCUCUUGCUGUGAGAUGUCUCUGGUUUUCCCGCGACCCAAUACCAGUGUGAUCGGCAAGAAGGACAAGCGACUCAUGGCUGAGGCGAACGCCUCCCCGCUCAAACACUUCGUCACCGCCAAGAAGAAGAUCAACGGCAUCUUUGAACAGCUUGGUGCCUACAUCAAAGAGAGUUCAGCCUUUCUAGAAGAAACCUACAGCAAUGAGGAACUGGAUCCGGUCACUACAGAGGAGCAGGUGGCGGAGGUGCGGGGAUACCUGUCUAAAGUAGCAGGGAUCGGGGAGGUCCUGUCCCGCAGACACAUGAAGGUGGUCUUCUUCGGCAGGACAAGUAACGGGAAGAGCUCUGUGAUUAACGCCAUGCUCUGGGACAAAGUGCUGCCGUCUGGAAUCGGACACACCACCAACUGCUUCCUGCGAGUGGAAGGCACUGAUGGCAAUGAGGCCUUCCUGCUCACCGAGGGAUCGGAUGAAAGAAAGAGUGUUAAAACGGUGAACCAGCUGGCCCAUGCUUUACACCAGGACGAGGAUUUGGACGCAGGCAGUCUGGUGUGUGUCAUGUGGCCGAAAGCGAAGUGUGCGCUGCUGCGUGAUGACCUGGUGCUUGUGGACAGCCCUGGCAUCGAUGUCACAACAGAGCUGGACAGCUGGAUCGACAAGUUCUGCCUUGACGCUGACGUUUUUGUGCUGGUGGCCAAUUCAGAGUCCACUUUAAUGCAAACAGAAAAGUCAUUCUUUCACAAAGUGAACGAGCGCCUCUCCAGCCCCAAUAUCUUCAUCCUGAACAACCGCUGGGACGCCUCCGCCAACGAGCCCGAGUACAUGGAAGAGGUGAGACGGCAGCACAUGGACCGCUGCACUAGUUUUUUAGUGGAUGAGCUGAGGGUUGUGGAUCGCGCUCAGGCCAGCGACCGGAUCUUCUUCGUCUCUGCUAAAGAAGCUCUUCAGGCGCGUGUGCAGAAGGCCCAGGGAAUGCCCGAAGCAGGUGGUGCUCUGGCUGAAGGUUUUCAAGCGAGAAUGUUUGAGUUUCAGAAUUUUGAGAGACGGUUUGAGGAAUGCAUCUCUCAGUCAGCCGUGAAGACUAAGUUUGAGCAGCACACGAUGAGGGCCAAGCAGAUUUCUGAAGCUCUGCGUCUGAUAAUGGAUUCGGUGCACAUUGCAGCUCAAGAGCAGAGGAUUCAUUGUUUGGAGAUGAAAGAGGAGAGGGAGGACAGGCUGGAGUUCAUUGAUAAACAGCUGGAUCUGCUCACUCUGGACUGCAAGAGCAAGAUCAAGAAGAUCACAGAGGAGGUGGAGAAACAGGUUUCUAACGCUAUGGCAGAGGAGAUCCGGAGACUGGCUGUGCUUGUGGACGACUUCCACUUGGACUUUCAUCCUUCACAAGUGGUGCUCAAAGUAUACAAGAACGAGCUGCACAAGCACAUAGAGGAGGGUCUGGGCAGGAAUAUGUCUGACAGAUGCUCCAAUGCCAUAACUGCAGCGCUGCACACCACACAGACCGAGAUGAUAGACGGCCUGAAGCCCCUGCUGCCCAUCGGGAUUCGAGAGCAGGUGGAUCUGAUGGUGCCCAGACAGUGCUUCGCCCUCAGCUACGACCUCAACUGUGACAAACUCUGCAGCGACUUCCAGGAGGACAUCGGCUUCCACUUCUCCCUGGGCUGGACCAUGCUGGUCAACCGCUUCCUGGGUCCCAAAAACACACGCCGCGCUCUCAUGGGCUACAGUGACCAGGUUCCCAGGCCUCUGGCCAUCACUCCGGUCAGCACCAGUAUGCCUCCUUUCCCUCAGGGGUCCAUGACCCAGGAAGAGCUGAUGGUUUCGAUGGUAACAGGGCUGGCAUCGCUCACCUCUCGGACAUCUAUGGGCAUUAUAGUCGUCGGAGGAGUGAUCUGGAAGGCGGUGGGCUGGAGGCUCAUCGCCCUCUCUGUGGGUCUCUAUGGGCUGCUGUAUGUGUACGAGAGACUCACCUGGACCACCAGGGCCAAAGAGAGAGCUUUUAAAAGACAGUUCGUGGAGUACGCCAGCGAGAAGCUGCAGCUCAUCGUCAGCUACACCGGAUCUAACUGCAGCCAUCAGGUUCAGCAGGAGCUGGCCGGCACCUUCUCUCAGCUCUGUCAGCAGGUGGACGUCACCAGACAGCAGCUGGAGGACCAAAUUCAGGAUCUGAACAGCAAGAUCGAACAGCUGGACGGCCUGCAGAGUAAAGCCAAGCUGCUCAGGAAUAAAGCUGGCUGGCUGGACAGUGAGCUCAACAUGUUUACCCAGCAGUACCUUCAACAGAGUCGAUAGAGAUCCGGCUCAACAGAUCUAACACACAGCCAUGCUUUCAGACAUUUGUUUGAGCGCAACAAAUAUUGCUCAUCGCAUUUCUUUUUUUUUUUUUUUUUGAGACUACAGUGUCCUGCCACUUUGAAGAGAGCUUUCUUUAGUUUUGUACACUUUGUUUCUUUUGUAUUUAAUACAGGGUAAUUAUUUAUUGAGUUGAGAGGUCAUGUCAAGAGCUUGGCCUCUGUGUAGAUUGUGUUAUAGAGAUCCCACAGAGAUUUAAACAGUAAAGAUCAAAUUGUUUUGCAUUAAAUCAGCAAUAUGUUUUUUCUAGUGCCUCUUACAGCACUGUUUUACUGCUAUUAAUUUGUUUUGGGACAAAUGAACAUUAAUCUCUUAUUGUUAAUGUAUGAAUUGGAUGGGAAAACCAGAUUUAUGUAAACCUGGAUGCCAGUUAUGCAUAUAAUUGCAUUCUACAUGUAUUCCACUACUGUCAUCCGCAUCUGAAAUGUAAUCCGACUGUAAUUGUGUGUGAUGCACUACUAACCUGUUCGUUCCUGCAUAUGUACGAUCUAGUGUAUGCUAACCUGUUUCGUUUGGAUUACGACUUGUGCCAAGUGUUCGAGAACGUCAUCGGGAGAAGCUCUUGUGAUGUGCACUUUAUAUUUUGCUGCUUUUUUUGCAUUUGUUUCCAGAAGCUCCAUUAGAAAGAGUCAACAGUAAUGUAAAGAUGAGCAUGCAGACCGGUGUCAUUUAUUGUCAUUCACUAUUACUGUUAGAUGAAAUAAUAAAGUGACACUGUUGAAAAAUGA